AUUGCAUUUGGUGUUUUUGAUAUAAAGCGGAGUGUAAACUAGAAAAAUGCGUGGUCUUAUGGAAUGUAAUACAAAAUUCGAAUGGGAAGGUCUGAAAAGAGUUUCAUAUAAUCGAAAAUAUCAUCGUGUAAUAUUUUACAAUGCCUUUUCUCUAGGUGAAAUUUAUUAUAAAGUUGGAGAUUUUGUCCUUAUACGAAAUGAUGAUUCUAUAGAUCCAGAAGAUGUUUCAAAUUGCUAUGUUGGAAAAAUAAAAGAAUUAUUUGAAAUAGAUCAUCCUGUUGAACCUCAUCGAGCAAUAGUUCAGUGGUAUUCACGUCUAUCAGAACUUCCUAUUUAUACUCAGAAAAAGAUUGACAAAUUUUACGAAUGGGAAGUUUUUGAAGAAAAUCGGCCUAAUUGGUCAAAUGACAUUGAUGCAGAUACCAUCUUUAAUAAGUGUGUUGUAAAAAUUCUUCCAGAUGAUGCGAAUUGUCAAUUGCUUGAAGAAUGCAGUGAAAUUGAUACAAUUCCAACAUUUUUUUGUCGAUAUAAGUAUUCUGGAAAUAAGCUGAUACCCGUAAUGAAAAGUGUUGAGAAUGCUUCAUCAUUUCAAAACAGUAAUACAACUUAUGAAGAUGAUUCAAAGAAUGAAAUUUCCAGAAGAACCAGAACAAUUUCUGAGAAAGAAAGAUAUUUUGCAAUACCUACUGGCACUCCUGAAUUUCCAAAAGUCCUCAUCAGGAAAAUUGAUGACAGACUUCUAGAAAGUCCAAAUGUGCGAAUAAUUGUGGCCAAUCCUAAUGCGAAAACUGUAGAAGAUGUUGCUGAUACAUUGAAGCGAAUCCUUUUCCUUGAUAGUCAAGAAACAUUUGACAAACGUCCUGUAAUCCAUUCAUUAAGGGUUUCACAAAAAGAAUCUGAUGAUGAAGACUCCAUGAUUACUAAUCUAUCCAAAGAUGUGCCCAAAAAAUGUGAAUCUGAUGUAGGUCUAUCAAAGCGAGUUUUACGGAAUACACCACAAAGAAUAAGCUCCUUCAAAGAUACUGAAGUCAACAAAAAAAUAAGUUCACCUAGAAUGAAAAAGGCAAAAUCAUCCUCUUCUAUUCUAACUGAGAAUUUUAUAAAUACACCUUCACCAAAUAUGUCAAAAGGGACAAGAAGAAAGUCUAUGAGAUUAGGUAAUAACAGCGCAUUAUCAGCUGUUGCUGAUACUUAUAACAUAUCAUCUCCAAAUAAGAAAGCAAAAUCACGAAAGUUUUUUGAUAAUCAUCAGAGACUAAUAUCAACUGAUGGCAAAACCAUUGAAAGUGCAUGUUCAAAUUACACAUCCAGUAUGAAUCAGGAAUUAAAAUUUGUUGUUGAGGAGAAGCAGGCAAACUCUACUAGCCAUGGAAAUUCAAAUUGCACACCUUCUCCAAAUAAGAAGUCAAAAAGGCAAGGAAGACAACAAAUUGUUUGUCCUAAGCAGAAAUCGAUAAUUGUGAGUGAUGCCAAAAACUCUGCAAGGACAGUUUCAACAGCUAUGAUGGCAAAGAUGACUGGAAGUGCAAUGCAAUUUUCUGAUGAUCAGGAAAUUGCUAUCACUCGAUCUGGCAGAAAAGUCAAGCGAGUUGACUAUUAUUCUCAGCUAUGUACUGAUGAAGUAUACGGCAAAAAUAUCAUAGCAAAUUCAGUAAAGAAGUUCGUCAAAACCAAUUAUUCAGAAGACAGUGAUAGUGGUAGUGCAUUUUCAGCAAAUGAAAACUUGAGUUCAAGUGAUGAAGAAUCUGUAUCGGACUGUUCUAUAGAAGAAAAAUGGUUACAUUCAAUAAAAGAAAAGUCAAUAAAGACACGAAAAACCAAACUUCAUCCUGGAAAACAUCUUUUCAGCAUGCCAAAAAGAGAAGCACCUCUGAAAGAACCACAAAAUGUUUUAGAGGAAUCUCGAUUAAGGCUUCAUGCAGCUGCUGUUCCAAAAUCUCUUCCCUGUCGUGAAGAAGAAUACUCUGAUAUUUACAGUUUUGUAAGAGAUAAUCUGUGUUUAGGGACUGGUGGAUGUAUGUACAUAUCUGGAGUUCCUGGCACAGGUAAAACUGCAACUGUCCAUGAAGUGAUCCGAAAUUUAGAAAAAGAGAAGAAUAAUGGCGAAAUUCCAUGUUUCACAUUUGUAGAAGUCAAUGGAAUGUGGAUGACAGACCCUUACAAAUGUUACGUGCAUAUUUUUAAGUCUCUUACAGGCAAAACUAUAGCCUCCCAGCAGGCAUGCAAUCUCUUAGAGAAACGUUUCACUGGAGAAGGACCAAAGAAAGAUGCUGUAGUACUAUUGGUGGAUGAAUUGGAUCGCUUAUGGACCAGAAAACAGACUGUCAUGUAUAAUAUUUUUGACUGGCCUUCCAGAAAAAAUUCAAAAUUAAUUGUUCUUGCAAUAGCCAAUACUAUGGAUCUUCCAGAACGAUUAAUGAUGAAUCGUGUCACAAGCAGAUUGGGUUUGUCUAGGAUAACAUUUCAGCCCUAUAAUUUCAAGCAACUACAAGAGAUCAUCAUGAAUCGCAUUCAAGGACUGAAAGUGUUUGACCCAGAUGCAGUACAAUUUGUUGCUCGAAAAGUGGCAGCAGUGUCUGGUGAUGCUCGAAGAGCUUUAGCCAUUUGCAGACAUGCAACUGAAAUAGUUGAAAGAUCUGAAACAUCUCCUUGCAAAAAGCACAAAGUUCUCAUUGGAUUGAAGCAUGUAGAUGAAGCCAUCCAACAAAUGUUUUCUUCUCCUGUGAUCGCUUUUAUAAAGUCUUCUUCCAAAGUAGCCAAACUGUUUCUUGAAGGCAUGCUAAAUGAGUUUACAAGAACAGGUUCUGAGGAAACAACUCUACUUAAAGUAUCGGCACAUGUUGUCACAGUCUGCAAAUUUGAAGGUUUAAAGCCACCAAGUUCCUCAGAACUGUCUACUGUCUGUGCCAAGUUAGCUGCUUCACAUGUGAUAUUAGUUGACAAUUUCCACAGUGACAUUCACAUGAAACUACGCCUUGGAGUUGACCCUGAUGACAUUAAUUAUGCACUGACUGGAAAAGUGCUUUCACAUUAGUUAACUUUAUAUGUGUACUUUCAAUGAUCAUUGAAAAAUCUUAUUUAUCAUAAUUUUUUUCUGCCACUUUUUAAUUAUAUAUGUAUAUCAUAUAACUGAAAGGAUAUUCCGCCAUCAUACAUAGGGCAAAUCCAGUUUUUCAUAUUAUAAGGGUUUUCUUUUUUCAUAAUUAGUAAUUGAAAAAAUAUUUUUACAUAUUCUUGUUUAUAACUGUCUGCAUGCUGUCUCAUGUUUUCUACUUUCUCCCUGACAAAGGCUUUUCAAAGAAUAUUGAAAA